AUGCAGCAUGCUAAAGAACAUUUACGACCAAUAUUUUAUAACUCAUUGAAUUCUUCAAAAGCGUUUUUGCCCGAUUUUGAUAAAGCUGAUUCAAUCAUUCGUGCAUUAAAUCAUUCGUCAACAUGUGAUAUCAAUGAUAAUUCAACAACGGGAAAUGCAGAUGCAAAUACAAAUUUUACAAAAUGGGCUAAACGUGAAUUUUGUUUUAGUGAAACAUCGAAUAAAUCGUUAAAAAAAGUUUUAUGUCGUCGUUCAACAGGUCGUGCUAUUAUUGCACGUGAACAUGUAUUUGAUCUAUUGUAUGAUGUUCAUUUUGGUCAAUCACAUUGUCGACGUGAUGUUAUGUUAAAAAUUCUAACGAAAACUUACGAUAAUAUAACACGAUCGAUUGUCGAUAGAUUUCUUGUACUAUGUCCAGUAUGUGCCGAAAAACGAACAGCUAAAAAAUCGAUAACAAUAACGAAAAAUCGAACAUCACCAAUUAGUAUGGAUACAAUUGAAACACAAUCGAAAGAUAGUGAAAAUAGUGGUGAAAGUGAUUUAACAAAUAUUAAUAUUAAAGUUGAAGAAAAUGAUGAUGAAGGUGGAAAUGAAAUUGAUUAUCAACAAGAUGAUGAUAAUGAAAGUUUAUCAAAUGAAAUAAAUGGUGAAUAUAAUGAUCAGACAAACAAGUAAGUUAAAUUAUUUAGUUUAUUAACAUUUUUAUAAUUCUACUAACAAUAAUGUAUCUAUAUUUAAACAAAUAUUUUUCUUUUCCUCAUGUUAUAUACAUUGUGCAAGUUUCUUUGACACUGAUCGAAUUGAUAAUUUUUUUCACAUUUGAUUCAAUGUGUAAAGUAUGGCAUAUGGAAUUUAUAUGCUACGAUCAAUAUGUUGAUCUUGGCUCUUUUGAUACUAAUGAACAUGUGGUUAAUUUUGAGAAUAUCUGUACAAUGAUGAUAUCACGCAUCUGGUAUUUAUUUUAUUCACAAUAUGUUCUUGACAGGCGCAUGGCUUUCUUUUCAUUAGGUACAGUUGUUUUGUAGUUUGUAUUUAUGCGUGACAUGUUAUCGGUAGCAAAUGGUUACCUUCCUUGUGGGAGGUUUCAUUUUCGUUGUAUAAUGUUACAUCUUCUAUCUUUUACUACGUUAUGCGGUUGUGUCAGUAAAAAGAAGGAAAAAAUUAUUUUUUCUUUUUCAUCUUCUACUCUAAUGAGGGUAAAAAUUGAUAAUGAAUUUAAUAUGUGUGAACAUAUGUGCAUGACAGAUGAAUUGGGAUAAAAAAAAUAUGUAGACUUUUUGUGGGAAAAAAUUGAAAAUAGUACUAUGGAAUAUUUAUUCUAUGGAAUUCCUUAUAUAGAAAAAACGUAAGCUAUUUUUUUCAAAAAAUGCUUUAAAAAGUUGGUUUUUCUCUAUCAUACACAAAUUCCUUACAGUUAGUUUGUGUGAUAUUAGUGUUCAUAUCGAAGAUCAUAUAUAUAUAUAUAAAUCAUUUGUGCUGCUGUUGUGUAUUGUCUGGAAGAAAAAGCUAUAAAAACUAUAGUUGCUCGUAGGCAAAAUUGAUCCGUACUAUAGUUCUAUACGAGUCGUUUAUAUCAAAAUUUUUUUCCAACUGUUCAUUGUUUCCGAAAAUGUAAAAUUUGACGAUCAAAGCGUAGUGAUCGCCGAUCUUAUUGCGAAUAAAAUUCUAUAAAUUUGGAUUAAAAAGUGUUAUACUGAUUACUGGACUGAGUGAAAUAAAAUCGCUUCCUUAAGGGCCCCCCACCCCUCAAAAAAAGCAUUUUUCGACAACAAAAUCGAUUUGGAUAUUUAUGCAUAGUUGUAUAGUCCAAUAUAUCUGCUCUCGAAUGCACUAUGAUUUAUUGGUUUUACGAUGGUUUUUGAGGGUUUUACAGCGGUUUUUCUG